UGCCUGGUCUACUGCAAGAACGGCCGCAGCCGCUCCGCCACCAUCUGCACGGCCUACCUCAUGCGACACCGCGGCCUCACCCUUCAGCUCGCCUUCCAGACAGUGAAGAAUGCCCGCCCCGUAGCCGAACCCAAUCCGGGUUUCUGGUCUCAGCUCCAGAAGUACGAACAGACCCUGCAGGCCCAGGGGCGCCUGCUCCAGGAGCUGGUCGACCCCAGCAGCGGGAGGCCACGACCUCAGUGAACAGCAUCUUACCGGUCAGGCUUGGCGUCGCCAC